GUCCGUGCCCCGUCCGAUCUGUGGCUUGCCCGGUCCUUAGCCACACCUUAGCAGGGCGGGCGCGACACCACACCAGCACUCCUUCCUGCUUGUUGCGAACCAUGUCGGUGUUAGUGGUUUGCGACCAGAGACAUCGACCCAAACCGUGCUCAGACGGCUCUGCUCCCUAGAAGAACGCGCGACCCUUCACAAACAUGGUCCCUUUCGUAUCAGCAACAUGAGCAGAGGCAUGAAGCGGAAGCGUGCCCACCAUGAAGCCGAACACGAAAACAACAAGAAGGAAAACGGCCGUGGCGCCAACGACGCGUCUCGCAACGCCCAUUCUCAGCGUCCACACGCCGAGUCACCUGUCAGCAGAGAUUUGCUGAAGCAGUACUAUCCCAAAGUUCAAACACUGAGAGACUAUGUGCUCUGCAGGCUUCCUGGGACCUCUCGGCUUCGCCGCAAAAAGAUUACCUCCCUCGGCAAUGGUCCACAAUGCGGCGAGGUAGAGCCUCGUCUGGCCGGCGUCCUGGACUCGACCCUGGUCUGUUCCCGGGAUGAACAGGCUGGCUCUAAGGAUGAGAAAGACAGCGCGUAUAAGCAGUACCUCUCUUUCUCGCAGCGCGGAGAUGAGUCUUGUGUGACUCUCACGGAUGCGACGGCGGGAGCCUACUCCGUCCAGGCCGAGGUUUGCAUCCGCAAACGCCCUCGAUGCUCACACCGCGCCACGAGGCUAAUAGCAAGAAGAUAGUCGACUUCGUGAUAUGGCUGCUAUUUCGCAGGCAAGGCACCGGCGCGGACCGCCCGAAGCAUAUCCUCUGUGAUGGCUACAUCAAAGGAGCCAACGCACGCGAGGCCGCAGACUCUGGCAUCCACAACAUCUGCCGCCGCCACCCCAACUCUCACGUUGACACACUCAAGCAAGCGCCGUGGACUCAUCUGCUGGUCUUGCUCGGCAAGUCUGGAGAGGAGAUCAUGGUCAAUCUGCUUGUUGGCUGCUCUGUGUUUUCCGCUGUUGAGGCGGGUCUCGGCAAUUAUUACCAGCUCAGUGGUACAGUUAUCUCUCCGGAGGUGCAAUCCCGUCUCGCAGACCAUUGACCACCUGCAGGACUUCCGCUGUCUGAGCUGGAUUUGUCCAAGCCCGCAUCUGCCCUGGCAGCCGCGGCCCAGACCGAGGCAAAACGCGCAUCCGAUAUCAUCUUUGUCAGAAGUCGCAUCUUCUAUGCCAAGCCCGCAAUCACAGCUCAGGGCCGUGUACACAUCGGCUUCAAGCAUAUUCGUUCGUGCUGCAUGACAAGCCCCCACGCUUUGAUCUCCUGUCUGACAAAGCACAGACGUGCUGAACCGCUGCCGUUACGCGCGACCAUUGUCUCGACCUGGAGACGGCCCGUCGCCUAGUGACGUGGAGCGGACCAAGCACAACGAUGCCAAGGCCAUCAAAGUCAUGAUGUACAUGUUUCCUCGGCAAUUCGGGCUUCACAAUGUCUUCACCAGCGACACAAAUCGGUGGGAGACGACGCAGAGGUUCCAAGAUUACACGUUACGAGAAACCGAGAUUGCCGGUUUACUGGAGAAGCACCCGAAGCACCCGAGUCUUCAAGGUAGCCCACACCCCAAGAUCCCCAAGCGGCUCCGAGGCGCGCCGUUGGGACUUGUGCGGAAACUCCAGGUUCUGCAUCACCGCUGUUCGUACACAGAGCUCCUAAGACAUCACUGCCCGACGUUUCUGGACGGCCGCCGCAGAUCGAGGGGAGACAACUCACAGUUUGGGGCUGCGAUGCACGGCACAUUGCGACCUUCACACUCGGCAGAUCGUCUCGCAUGUCAGGCUGGACGGCGAGCAAAGCGACGGACGCGCAACGCACAGCCGAGCUCGCAGGUACAUUUGCCUUCAAGCAUCACUUCGUUCGUAGAAUUAGCUUCCCCAGUCCCCCAAGUGUCGGCAUUUUGUCAAGCCGCACUUUCCAAGCUCAUACCCAGUGGGUUCUGGGGAGAGGGUGAUACCAUGUAUCACAAUAAGACGACAUUUCUGCGCAGUGUGGAUCGCUUCAUUAAACUGCGGCGGUUUGAAUCCAUGACGUUGCACGACAUCGCCCAGGGCCUGAGAGUAGCAGAUUUGGAUUGGCUUCAACCGCCGGGACAACAAGGCCGGAGACAAUGCCAAAGCGACACAAACAAACGAUUGGAAAUUUUCCUCGAAUUCCUCUACUACGUGUUCGACUCCCUCCUUAUUCCGCUGAUUCGGACCAAUUUUUACGUGACCGAAUCAAACACGCACCGAUAUCAAGUUUUCUAUUUCCGCCAUGACGUGUGGAGACUUGUCGCAGAGCCAGCCAUGGCGGGCCUCAAGAGAGCCAUGUUUGAGGAGUUACCGACAGCCGAAGCGCGGCAACUUCUCGAUGUGCGUAAGCUGGGGUUCAGCCAGAUCAGGCUGCUGCCAAAGGGAAAGAAAAUGCGUCCGAUCAUGAACCUCCGGCGGAAGCAGCUGAGCAGGACCUCCUCGAAAAUUCUCGGCCCCAGCAUCAAUUCGGUGCUCGGUCCCGUUCACACCGUACUCAAGUUUGAAAAGGACACAAACCCGCUCAAACUUGGCUCAACGCUCUUUUCAGUCAGUGACAUGUAUACACGACUCAAACGUUUCAAGAAGUUGCUUGGCUGCGGUCAGAGGCAACUGUAUUUUGCCAAGGUUGAUGUCCGCGCUGCCUUCGACACCAUUCCACAGGCUGCCGUCGUUAACCUCAUGUCAACGGUCCCACUGGCGUCUCAGUACAACAUAAUGAAGCAUGCAGAGGUCCUCCCAGGCGAGCGCACCAUGGCGCAGCCAGACAAGCCUGCAACAAAGCCUAUGAAACGUUGGCGAGCCGUCGCAAGCCCUAGUGGCGCCUUCAAGCCUUUCUCAGAACGUGUCGAGGACGAUCUUGCGCGAGCCAAGAAGCAUACGGUAUUUGUGGACACCGUUUUCAGGAAGUCCUGGAAUGCUCAGACCGUUUUGCAGCUCCUCACGCAACACGUGGAGCAAAAUGUUGUGAAGGUUGGCAAGAAGUUCUACAGACAGAAGACCGGCAUACCUCAAGGGUCUGUCCUGUCGUCAUUCCUCUGCAACUACUUUUACGCCGACCUGGAAGCUCAGCACUUGGGUUUCCUCGACACUCCAGACUGCCUAGUCAUGAGGCUCAUUGACGACUUUUUGGUAAUAACGCUCGACAAGAGCAAGGCCAUCAGAUUUGUCGAAGUGAUGCAUCGAGGACUGCCCGAGUAUGGAGUCGGGGUCAGCAGGGAAAAGACGCUGGUCAACUUCGACGUGACGCUUGCCGACGGGGCUGUCGCUCGGGUCAGUGACGGGGCUGGCUUCCCGUAUUGCGGCACAAGAAUAGACUGCCGGACGCUGGACAUCACCAAGGACAGAAGUAGGGACGAAGCAGCUGGUAUUGUCAACUCGCUGACAGUCGAGUACGGCCGGUCACCGGGUCAGAACUUCCAGCGCAAGAUUCUCAACGCCUUCAAGAUCCAGUCCCACCUCAUGUUCUACGACACGGCGCACAACUCCACCGCCACGGUGCUGCAGUCACUGCACGAUGCGUUCCGCGGGACCGCCCGCAAGAUGUGGGCGUACGUUCGCUGCCUGCCGCGGCACCAGCAGCCCAACGCCGGCCUGAUAAUGCGGACCAUCACCAAGGUCGCCGAGGUUGCUUUCCUUAUUCUCUCGAGCAAGACGCGGAAAAUGAGGUACCCGCAGUACAUUUGCGAGAUCCGCAAGGGCGAGGUCACUGCGACCGCGUAUGGGGCAUUCCAAGAGAUACUAGAGCGGAAGCAAGCUGGCUAUGGUGAGGUCCUUGAGUGGCUACGGAGCCAGAAAACAAGAGACUGGCUCAGAAGUAAUAGUAGCGUCGGUGCAAGGCAUUAAGUCUAUUGGUGCCAACGAUUGGCUUUCAUUAAGUGAAAGUGCGACUUGCAAGGCAAAUACAUAUCGUCCA